AUGUCGGCCCAGAUGUACGGCGAUAGCGCCUUGGCCGAAGAAGGCUACUCGAACAUUGGGAGAGUCGGCCCGGGAUCGUCCAGGGGUGACGUCAAGGAGAUCGUCGUCAUCCAGAGCCCCAUUUGCGGCCAGGUGUGGGAGAGUCAACGCAUCGACUGCCAUCCCGAAGCGGCCCCGAGCCUCGAGUCGUGCCGAGUACGCGGCUGCUGCUUCGAACCGGUCAACGCGUCCUCUGAGAACUUGGAGCCCGGUUUCCAGCUGCCACCAGCCUGCUUCUACCCGGCCAACUACCUGGGCUACAAGGUAGACUCCAUUCAGCGGUCCCCGACGAGAAUCGUGGCGCGUGCCAUACGCGUCACACCAUCCGGGCUUCCGGACGACCUGCGAACCAUCCAGGUGGAAGUGACCAACUACAACGACAACACUGCCCGCAUCAGGAAGGACCACUACUUUCCUGUGAUGUACGAGACCUCGGUUAACCCGGCCGGAGACCUCGAGAUCAUCCGGCCCGCGUCUAGGAAAGUUGUAUUCCACACAAACCUGUCAACACUGGUGUUCGCGGACCAGUUUCUUCAGAUGUCCACAUACAUUCCGUCACGUUACGUUUACGGGGUCGGAGAUGUGAAGUCACCGCUGCUGCGAAGUACGGACUGGCAGAAGAUCACCCUUUUCAACGCCGGGAGGUCGCCCAUGGAGGGCAAGAACUUGUACAGCAGCCACCCGUUUAUGCUGGUUCACGAGGAAACUGGUGAGAGCUGUGGAAUCUUUCUGCUCAACAGCAACGCCAUGGACAUCCUGCUCAAGCCGAGUCCCUCGGUGACUUUCCGCACGACCGGUGGGAUUCUGGACGUGUUCGUGUUUCUGGGUCCCACGCCGUCCGAAGUUGUGCAGCAGUACACGGCCCUAGUGGGUCGACCCGCCAUGCCUCCGUACUGGGCACUGGGCUUCCACCUAAGCCGCUGGGGCUACGCCAACAUCGACGAGGUCAAGGAGACGAGACGCCGCAACCUACGAGUUGGCAUCCCCGUCGAGGCCGUGUGGUUAGACGCUGACUACAUGGAGGGUCUACGACCGUUCACAUACGACAAGGUCCGCUUCGCCGGGCUCCCCGAGUUUGCUCAGGACCUGCACAAGCGAGAUAUGAAGUUUGUCCUCACGCUG